GUCGGCGAAUUAUCUAUUUAGUCUUCUAUCGACAUGCACACAGUGUUUAUAGGUAACGUAAAUUAAAUAAUAUAUUAUUCUAUUUUUAUACACUCGUCCUGAGAAGAAAAAAAAACUAUGAUCGCUUCCCGUUGUUUGCUGAAUGGUUUCCUGGUGAUCACCUUAACCAUGUCCGUCCUACUACACAACGCAACGUGCACAUCAUCCGCCAGUGGAAGCGAUGACGAAGACGGCGGUGGCGGUGUUAGUAGUGCCGUUGUUGGCGGCGAGGGCACAUCGCCAUCACCGUCGCUGAUGGACCGAGUGACGGGCGUGAUGGACAGUGUCAAGCAGCAAGCAUCCGAGACGCUGGACGGGGCCGGGUCCGCGGCCGGGAACGCGGCGUCGGUGCUCAGCCGCCUCCAGCCGGCCACCACCAAGCAGGUGUCGGAAGUCGGCGGCGGAUCGCGCACGGCUGAGAAGAAACUGCAGUCCGGCGAUAACACGCUGGGGCGGCUGCAGGAGACCAAGGGGCGCACCGUGGCCGCGGCCAAGAAGGUGGUGGACGAGACCAUACACAAGCUGCAGUCGACCGUGAGCGACAUACGACGCACGGUCACCGGCGACGACCGAGACGACGUCGGCGGCGACCGGAGGAUAAGUAGCGCGCUGGACGGCCUGCUCCGGGCAGUCGGCACGGAAGGCAAAGCGGUGUUUGAGUACGCGUCCGAUGUCAUCAACGAGACGGCGGACCGUGCCAAGGCGGCCGUCGACAAGGCCCAGCUGCAACAAAAGCGACGGCCAAACCAACAAUGAUCAUAAUAUUAUUAUAAAUAUUAUAAUAUAUAACAUUAAUUAUUUCCGAUUACAUGUAAUAAUAUUUUAUAUAUAAUAUUUAUUAUAUUAUGACACUGUUCGCGAUGUUACGCAUCAAAUAAUACUAUUUGUGUUAUACCGAGACAUUGUUCGUUGACUAAUAUUUGUACGAUAACGUGUGUGUGUAGUAAUUGGUUAAUAUAUUAUACUGUCUCACAAUA